AUGAUGGAUGAACUCACAAAUUUUAUUCUAAGAGAGCUCGCAUUCGAAGGCGACUUGGGUUCCGAUCCUUCUCGGCUUCGAAAUCUCAUAACCCAAUAUUAUGCUACUCAAGCUUUAGGUGUUCAGCAAAGUGUCGACGACAAGCUUUGCGCCUUUGUUUGGUCACUAUUGGCUACCCAGGAUAAUGUGGUCAUUGGCCUGGCUCCGGAUGGAGCCGAAGCGGUUUACUUUCCUCCCCAAAUGAGCGCAUCUCGCAAGGGGAAAGAUAAGGACGAGGAUAAUAUUGGUUCCUCGCUCGUGACAUUACCACGAGACGAAUUCACUUCGACGCCCCUCAACAACUUGUUGGAGUUAUACGGUACUACUUUACGGAUCGCAGUAACACCAGAGACGUGCUUCAAAUGCGUCACAGGUUCCCAUAUCCGGUCUCCUAAGCUAUCUGGGCCAGUAUAUGCGGUACUUCAGUUGAUCACUCGUACAAGGCGCGAAGGGAUUUCGGUCGUGGAUAUAAGCAAGCAGAGUGGAUACGAUCCUAAAACAUGUUUCUAUCUCGUUCAGACGCUAGUCAAUUUGGGUCAUAUCCACAAAAUAAAGGUCGGAGGAGCGGCUGGAAACAUUUGCAUCCACAAGAACUUUUAUGACGACCAAUGCGAAUGGAAGAAAGCAGAAAAAGAGAUGGCCUACGAUACCAAGAAAGGCCAAGGUCCUCGACCUGCGUCGCCCGCCGCUUCAGAAGACGAGGACGAGAACGCUGGGAAAGAGUUUAGCGGGACGAUCCAAUUCGACCCUAUUGACAAUCGACAUAUAUCCAACAUUGCGGUCAUCAAGUCUCGUCUACACAGACUGUUGAGCCAUAUGCCUCAUGGCGUGCAUGUCUAUCGCAACCUGCUGUUCGGCAUUGUAAGUCUCCCCUCGCAAUCCUCUGUUCCUCAACUUAUUGAGAGUUUCAAAAAGGGAUUCGACGCGUCCACUAAACGAGAACGUAGGACCUUUAACCACCGAAUACACGAGUUGAUCAAGACUAGGUUCAUUGAGAAGGUAUGGGCGCCAUCUGCAACCAAGUUCGGGGCACGCGUUCUCUGUGUCCGUCUCGUCCAAGACAACGAGAACACGACUCCGAUGGAUCUUGCUGAGCCCGAGGCCGGUGACGGCGACGACCCCUUGGAAACCACUUCACUUGCGGAAGAUCAAGACGAUGACUAUGAGGAGAAUUACGAAGAACUCCUCGCACGUUUUGAAGGCACUUGCGCAACUCGGAGCAUCGCUCACCAAAUCAUAUCGGUUGUCGAGAAAUCUGGACCAACUGGCGCAACUAUCGCUGACAUAUCUGGAGGGAUGUGCAGUUUUGACCCACGCUCGAUCACAGGCCUGGUCGCACGUUUCGCUGCGGGAAUCCCUCCAACGCACCUUGCCGACCGUGGGCUGGUGAUCAUGACGGAGACCGCAGGUCGCGAACGUCGGCAGCGUAUCUAUACUCGCGCUGGGUACCACACCAUGCAUCAAAGAGAGGGGUUUCAGGACGAUCCAACCGACAAGUCCGCGGAGAUCCUUGCUGGCGCAGGCGGAUGGGCAGUGUUCGAGAAGGAAGAGUUCGUCGACAACGAGAUGGCCCGAUGGCAGUGGACGGCUGAUACUACUAAGGUGGCAUUAAUGGAAAAUGGGGAAAAGUUGCUCAAGACGAGGGGGAAGAAGAAGAGGACCAAUCCACUAGAUGCGAACGGGAGACCAAUUAUCGGACGGCCGAGAAAGGAGUGGAAAACGAACAGGGAUAAAGACAAUACUGACAUCUCUGAUCUUCCAAAAAAGCGAGGGCGACCACCGAAGCGCAAAUUGGAAGAAGUUGGCGGAGAAGAAGACCAAAAGGAUAAACCCGUCACCAAAAAACGUGGUAGGCCUCCAAAGGCCAAGGGGACUACCGAAGCGGCUGACAGAAAUCAACCGGAGUCCAGCAGCCAAGUUGGCUUGGGCGAACUACGAGACGAGUCUGCUGGCAGCCAUAUGCAGACAGAACAAGGAGAGAUGGAGGCCGAGACUGAAGCUGUGGUGACAGAGCCCAUUGAUGAACGACCUACCGCUAAGGAAGGUGUUAGAGCCUCAGAGGAUCUACCAGUAGAUGCAUCUUCCGGAAAACGGACGAGAAGGUCUCGUAGGCAUGGACCUUCAGACCAGAGCGAAGCUAUUGUACCAUUACUAGGGAGUCCCACUAAAAGAGCUAGCGCUCGCUUAGGGAAUCGUGUCAUUAACUUAGGGAUAGUCCCAACACCCGAACCUCCAGCCAAGCGAGUUCGAGUGGACAUCUCAUCUGAGGCUGAUGCCGAUCACGAACGGGUAGAUCCUGUUGAUCAAGCAAUUCCGGGGCCCCUAUCGUUAGAAGACCUUUCUCGACUCGAUGGCGUUGAUACGCCACCCCAGCCCGGUGAACAAUCUAAUUCCAAUCGAGAUCUUACGGAAAUCGCUGUCCCAAUUGGUAGUCUUCCGGAUGGGGUUCUGGCGGAACAAUCCCUCCCACAAAUUACACCCCGUAUGGGUAGACCGGCGAAUGUCUCUGCUCUUCGUCGGCAAACGGAAUUUAUGCAGGUGAUAGAGAGAUUUGAUGGAGUUGCGAAUAUUUCCAACUCCAAAUCUUUUAACGACGAGCAUCAACGCAUAUUAAACCAGCUCCAUUCUGAAGGAAAGGCAGUGAGCACGACCCCAGGCACUGGAAUGGAUAGACGCACUUUUAACGCUGCGUUUUCUUCCUUGGAAUCCCGAGGGCUUAUCAAAACUAGAGUGGUCUCGACGGUUGUACCAGCAGGCACAACUCGACGAGCCACUAUCGCAUAUUUCCCCAACACAGCUCAACACUUGAUCGAUGAAUGCGUCCAAAAGUUCCGAGAAAGCUCUACCAGUGCAAAAGGGGCCUCGAUCAUGAGCGAUUUCCCAGUCUUACCUGGAGCUGAAAUUUACUCAGGACCCCGGCCCACAACUCACACCGUCAAUAGCCUUUCAGUCCCUCCGCAAACGCCGCCAGUGCCCCCAGAUCCUCUUACCAUGGCUCGGUAUGAACAGUUGUCCAACCCGAUGACCUCUGCUCAGUAUCUUGGUUAUAUUCCUGGCUCUCUUGCUCGAGCUCAAGCUCUGCACCUGAAUUUGGUAUCAGCAGCAACUUCAGAAACCCCACCUCGACACAUCACCACUUCCAACGACUGGGUGAUUAGCAAAGCGUACUUUUCCGACAGUCUGCCAGUAGCAACAUACUGUUCAGUCAUCAAGUUAGGAUUCGUAGGACUAGGAAUUAGGGAGCUUCUCGACAGUGAGAAUGGCCAACGUAUCCGCCUACACGAAGCCCCGGCUGAUAUUCAAGCGGGCCUGGGAGUGCAAUCCUUGGGAAUGAAAUCCCGGCUUUUCAAAUCACUUUCUCUCCUAGUUGACCUGGGCUGUUUAAUUCCAGUCAAGCCCCGGAGGGCGGACAAUUCGCAGAAGCUCGACUAUGUUAGUGAAGCAAGGGAAGGCGUUGAAUGGAAUUAUUUCAAGCUCGCCAAGUCCGUGCCAAUUUAUCGCUUCGGGGAUAAAGACCAGUCUCAUUUCUGCUACAACCAUGCGAUCCAAGACUUAGCUACGGCCACUUCAUUCUGGAAGCAACUUCGCGUAGCCUCUGAUCGUUCAAAGUGCCUUGAAAUUCCGACCGGAGAUGGCUCACCGUAUGGUGGGGAUAGCAAAAUCGCGAAAUCGGUUCGCAGAAGAGCAUCUUGGGAGUCCGGGUAUGUGCUAUCAUCCGCCCAAAUUGAGUAUCUCGAAAGCUUGGUCGACCACACCACGGGACAUACACCGCUCGAUGAUCUUGAGUCUGCCCGCUUUGACAAUGCUUGCUUCGUCACUACUGCACCUGCUGGAGUUGUAUCAGAGUACUUCACCCAGAAAAGGGCCAUAAUUCAGGGAACGGUCAAGCGGCGUCUAUCGGAAGCCCAGAAGGAAGAGAUCGAACGACGUCGAAUGCAAGAUGAGUCUAGGAAGGCUCUUGCAGCCAAGGCCGCCAAAGCUAAAUUAGACCAGGAGUCCCGAUGGGAAACUAUAGUCUCUAAAGCUUUGGAUGGACGAGCUCCUUCACAUACACAGCUUCAAAAAGGGCUAUUAACCUUAAAAUCCGAAUUCAUACUUUCUCCUCGGUCGGGCAGUAGCAAAACAUGGGAGACCAAGAUUCGGGAAGUGGUCCGGGAUUCCAUAGGAGCCAAGCAAUUUGUUAUUCCUCCUCGAGUCCCUGUCCAACCUUUCAAACCUGUUGAGGAACCCAAUAACGAAGUGACCACGUUGAUUCACCGCCAGGGACAGCCGAUCGUUCAAAAGGAUAUUUCACCCAAAAAAUCCGGGCGCAAAUCAAAGAGAGAAAUGGAAGAGAGCGAAGAGAGAAACUCUGAGAAAACUAAACGUGACUCACGUAGGCGAAGAUUUCCUUGGGACAUGGAAUAUGACGAGCUAGCGCGGGAUGCUGGGGCCGUAAUUCGAGUUCGGUGUCAAGGGAAGCGGAUUGAUUGGUCCGCAUUGGAACAAGUAUUCCCAGGCGUACAAAGAAGCUGCGUACGGCAGCGAAUUAGUAGCCUUGAAGGUCUUCCAGGAGCAUCCAUUUAUUACCGGAAGUUGGAUGCUGCUUGGGCUUCUAUAUAUCAGCGAUACCUUGGCUCGGAUGAACUGCCUGACCCAAACCCAGACAGUUUGAAGGACUUUGAUUUACCGGCUUACAUAAGCUUCCUCAGACAACACAUCGACAAAGCUGCUCUUCGUACCGGGACUGAAACGACCAAAGCUAAUUCCUCAGAAAGCUCAUUCGUUCCAGUAGACUUGGAACAUAUACACGCCAAUUACAUUGUGAACAGCAGCACAUUAGGACAGAUCCACAAACGACCCACAAAUUGGGAUUUUUGUUUCGAUGUCGCAAGCGAGGAGCCACGAGAACGAGAAUUCCUUCAACACCCAUUCGUUGUGCACGAGGAUAGCCCUGAUAUUCAUACUUCCUUGAACGUUUCCUUAGCUCAGGCGAGCAUUAAGAUGGUCAUAUCGACUCCGGAUCCUUACUAUCACAGCAAUCACGCAGCAUCAUUACUCGCUCCAUUUGGGGAGGCAACUAUUCAAACCGCGGUAGAAGGAUUGAGGGACUCAUUAGAUCUAAAAAGGAUUCGUGCAGAUAAACGAGACCCCGGAAGGAAGUAUAAGUAUUCGGAUCUGGAGUUGCAACGACUGAAAGGCGACUUCUCGAGCUCGAUUUAUCCCGACGCGGCAGCAGUACGUGAUAAUCUUGAAUGCCUUCAAGCAGAAGAGUGGAUGGAUAUUGAUCUCACCGACGAGGACGGAGAGGUUGUAGCUUAUCUACAACUGGUGUCCAGUAAUUUGAUUGAUAUUAACAUUGAUACUCGGAUCCCGCGAGCUGGUCGUCGCCAGAUAGGAUGGCAGAGCAAGAAAGUUGAUGACGAGAAUCUUGAAGCACACAUUUCAUUACGCCUCAAGCAUAAAAGUACAUCAGCCGCCCCGCCUCAAAAUGUGUCAUUCUCGAGUCAAGUUAGCGACGUAGAGCAAUUACUAGAGCCAACCCUGGCCGUCAAUCAUUCCAACCAAAUAACGCACUCUUACAGCAAGGAGGCUCCCACUGACAGGACAUUAAGGGAGGCAGUGGAUAAUUCCGGUCCGUAUGGACUUCCUUUAGGGGAAGCUGUGGAUAAGUGCCACAUAGAUUCACCAGCUGCACUGCUUGCUUUAACCAGAGCUAACCCGCCUCAUGCGUAUAUAUUGGGCUAUGACCAAGCUAGGAUUGUAUCGGCUAAAUAUCUGAGUGAUUGGACAAUCGAGGCUUCCGAUGGGGGCGAAGCGAACCAAACUGAGUCCAGACUUAUAUUCCCCCGCCGUUGGUUGGACAUUUACGGGAACACGCUUGAAGAUGUUUGGACCAUGUCUGCUAGAGUGGUAAUUGGCGCCUUCGUGUACAGGCCAUGCAUGAGCGAGACAACCCUUAGGAAAAGAUUGAGAUGUUUGUUUGAUCGACAAGAGCUCAACGACAUACUGAUCCAACUUUCCUUGAGCGGAAAAGUCAAACGAAUAUCCCAAAUCUCACUCCCUAUUGGGAUGAACCGGUUAGAGGACGAGAAAUCUAUAUACUGGUCACUCUCCGACUCUAUGAACUGGUUCUAA